GCCCUUUGCUAUCGCGAGGUGACGAUCGCAUAUAAGUUUGCUUCAUUCGCUCCUGCCUUCCACUCGACGGAUAUUGACCAAAUUGCAUACAUUAUUUUCCUACUCCUCCUUCUGCUUUCAAUCGAGAACUGCCAUCGAAUGAACAUUACAAUGCCGAUCACAAUGCAGAUUUCGCGUCAUAAUCCUGUGAAAUGGAAACUGGACAUGCAGAAGGCCGAAUUCCAACUCUUCGAGCAUUGUACCAAAAAUGAUCCGAAAUUCAAUGAGACCGCUCAUGUUUGGUAUGGCUCUCUCUUGCCGGGCGAUUUGGAAGACGUUCAGAAUCAUAUUUCCUGCAGCGCGCUUGGUUUCGCAGAUGAGAUGUACACCUCCAUCACUUGGUCACACAUCUAUCAUCACAAGCUGGCCCUCAGACCUGAUGAAGUCUGGUUCACCAUCCUUUCUCAGCUUGGUUUCUACGUGGCCACCAAUGUCGGGAGACUCGGCAAUCUCUUCAAAGUACCCGGAGCCAAGGGCAAUGACCACAUGGAGUGGAAUGAUCCUACACCCAUGGCCGAGCGUUUGAUCAACAUGCUUCAAGGGACCAUCAUCGACCCGAACUUACGAGACUGGAUCACGCCAACGUUCAGCACCACCAACGAGCAUGACGCCGUCAUUGCCAGCAUGCUCGUGUGCGGUCGGCUGUAUGAGGAUGGACACACCAACUUCCGUGCAUCACAACAGGCGCCCAUCCGUAUUCCUCAACCAUGGGAUUUUGGCAUCCCUUCGGUAACGCUCCGAGGAGAGAAGGGAGAUUGGGAACUACUCUACGACCGCGUCUCGAAGCUCGACGCCUUCCUCGCAGGGGAGCCCGUGGAAUUCGCUAACGGCCUAGAACCGAUUCUGCGUCGCUUCGUCGAGUCCUUCACGAUGCCCACUCCGGAAGCGGUGCGGGACUUCUGGUCGGAUAUGAUCGGUGUGCAUGAAGAUGAUGGCGACGGCUGGGUGGUAUUUUCCGGAUGGAUCACGGCAUUCAGCUUCUGGAAUGCAAAAGGCCAACGGAUCGAGAAGAGAAGACAGAACCCCUAUGUUCUCGACGAAGUGCCAUACGGCCGCAUGCACACGCAGCAGAGAUCUUCCGCGCACGCCAGUCUCCCGGUGACGUUCCACUUCAAAGACACGACCCAUCGCCGUGAGCAUUAUACCCCGGCGAUUUUCUUCGCUGGCCCCGCAGCGAUCAGGGUCACUGGAAGGAAAGACCGCAUUGAACCUGUUUCGGCCUGGUGGCUGGUCGAGAAGGUCAAAGAUGAGGGCGCGGCAUGGGACAUGAACGAGUGAGCUCCACCUUUGUACUUAAAGCAUGUAGGCGGGACUCAUCCCUCGAGCGUAUCCCGAUGGAGGAUGUCAAUCUACUUUCAGCACAACCGUGGAGAUUCUUGUGGAAAUAAGAUUCGUCUCGUCGUGCCGUACGCUUCUCAAGCUGUGACAUGUAGGAAACCCGUUCAGCUUUGUUUCUGU